UAUGUCCAAAAUGCACACCGACCCUUAAAACUUUUUUACAGCCUAGCAAGCUCCCUUCCGCUCCACAUAUUCCCCUUUUCAGCACUAAUAAAAUGCGAACCAAAAACCUUAAAUUCGAGCAGAGUUUGCCUCGAUUACAACAAUGGCCAAGAAAAGGUCAGCAGCCCUUGUGCAGAAACUUUCCGUUCUGCUCAAAAUCUACAUUUUCUUGGCCAGACUAAAGAAACCCAUGAUCCGAAACCUCGUAUCUCUCAAGAAAACUAGGAAGCUGAAAAGGCUGAAUCUUUUCGAUCAGUACGGUGGUUAUGUUAGGGAGUACGAGUUUUCUCCUUCGAGCACUCCGCUGAUUCAUGGGUUUCGGACAAGGUGGGCGGCGAAGAGUGGGAGGAGGAUCGGGUUUAAGACAAUGUACGCAAGGUGUUUGGGAAAAUGUCUCAGAGAAGGAGAAGAUGAUAUUUACUGCCUGGAUGAGAUUUUACCUGAAUCGGCGGCCGUUGAUUUGUGCGGCGACGAUGAGGACUGUGUGGAUGAGAGGGCUGAGAUAUUUAUUCAGAGGUUUUAUGAAGAGAUGAGAAGGCAGAGGCUCGAUUCUGGUUCGAAGAUCAAUGGCUUAUUGCUUGAAAUUUGAAUUUUGAUUUUUGUUUUGAUUUGAUUUGUUUAAAUUUCUUCAUUAUUUGGUUGUUUACAUUUUUACCCCUUAUUUUUUUUGGGUGGGAAAGCUGAGUUAAUUUUAGUUACUAGUUACUACUGUGUUUUCAAGAACGUGUACUGGAAUUUUUCUUUUGUCUUUACUGUCAAAACAAGGGGUGAAAGCAAUGUUGAAUUAGUUUAAUUUA